GGUAUGGUCGUGCCCCCAUUCCCUCCUCCCCCCUACAUGGAGGCUCCAGCCUACGUUUUGCCCCAUCCUCACAUCCAACCAGUCGACUACAGACGCUUGCUCCACCCCCAGGUCCAUGCUCCCAGUGUAUCCUACCACAACCCGAACCACACCCGCAGAAUUCGCUUGCCUCAUACUGGCCCUGUUAGAGAAACUGUGAACUCUGCUGUCCAAACAGAACCAACACAGAGAAGCGCAGGUGGUUACAGUGAUCGAAGCCCAUGUGUCAGAUCAGAUUCUGGGCAUGGAACUGCCUCAAGCUCUCCAUCCUCCUCAAGCUCCAGCUCUCAAAAACAAGGAUAUGCUGAGGUUGAGAAGUACUCUUUAACAAAUGGUAAUGCAAAAGAUUUGCACAUUAACAGGACCUGCACCAAUGACACAGUCAAAUAUGGGUUUAACAUCCAACAUCCUAUGGGAACAAAAACUACCCAGCCUCACAUGCCAACUGUGGAAACGCAGAAGUGCCUUAAAGACAGUGUUGGUCAGGAGAAUGAUCCCCCUUACAGAAAUGGGCACUGCAAUAUGUGGUCAGUGAGUUCUCCAGAUAGUAUGGUUCCUGUGUGUAGUUCUUCUCAACAAGAAGAUGAGAUUGUUAAAGAGAGACGUAUCUCUUUUCCUAAUAUUCUGAUGAAUUGGGGAGGUGGCACACCCCAGGGAGCAACACAGAAAAUGACAGAUAAGGUGCUGCCUCAAAAUGAACACCAGCUGCCAUCUUAUGAAACUGAGGUCCAGCAUGAAAAGUCAGUUUACCAGAGUCCAGCUGAGCCCGAGACUGGUCCAGUGGUGGCUGACAGUGAUGAUGCUAAUGUCAAUGCUGAAAAUAGUUCUAAGAACAGUGAGACACUUUUCAAGAUCCUCAAACUGCCUUGCACUCUUCAUGAGGUUCUCUCUGAGUGUAGAAGAGAAAAUACACCUGUGGGAUUGGUUGGCUCUGCAAGGCAGUCCCUGACCUACAGAGAUGAGUCCCUGCAUUCCCCAAACAAAUCCCAACAGUUCUCUGAUGAUAAGCAAGAAAAUGGCAAUGAGACAAUUCCACAUGACGACAUUACAGAAAUCGUUCCCAAUCAAAUGUCUUUAAAUAACUGUCGGAUGAAGAGAAAAAUGAAUGAAUCUGUUUGGUCUGUGGAGUCUCUAGCCCCCUUUAUCCCCACUAAGGAGAGGCUGCUGCAGAAAGACAUGUUUGAACCUAAAAUAAUCAUUGAGACUACAGAGGAAGCUGAAAAUGGUAGACCGUCAACUCAAAAUGAAAAUCUCAUUGUCAAAUCUAGUAAGGAAAGGAGGCAGUCUUGCAGGUUUUCUUCUUCUGACUCUGUUCCAAUGUCAGACAGCUGGCUUAUUUUCAGUACCCCAGCUGAGAACGAUCAAAGUCCAUUAAAAAAGCCAGAAAUGGAGAGUGAAGCUGAUGCUUCUAAAAUGAGACGACCAAAACAAGGCCGCAGCAUGGUUCCUGUAGAAAGGAAUCUCUUGGUUUCCCCAACUUGCCUGCCGUGUAAAAUAAUUUUAUCAUCCUCCACUGAAGAGGAUGUAGAUGAAAAUAGGUCUUCUGAAGCAGAGGCUAAUCAAAGUCAAAACCAGGAGAAAACCCCCGGCUCCCUUGAGCAGGUAGAAACUCUCCUCUUAAACUGUGUGGCUGGCAUGGGCAUAGAGGAUGAAGGAUCUGGGAAGGAAGAAGUCAGCCAACUGAGAAAUGAGCAACUAUGUAUCCCAAUCCCUGACCAAAGGCUGGCCGAAACAUCUCCGUCAAAGGGGCAUUUGGUAGACACUGGUGUUCAGUGUACUGAAUUACAGAAGUGUCCAUGUGAAGGAGCAAAGACCAGCAUGGGACCAAGCAGAAUGCAUCCUGCUAAAUAUUCAGACGUAAAAGCCAAUGGUGGCAAGAUUGAAGGAUUCUCCAAUGGACGUGUGAACAAAAACCAGAAGAGGCAUGGUCAGUGGAGGAACAGAGGACAAGGUGGAAAUGGAAGGAACCCACAGUGCUGAGCCAACUGAUACUUGACAAGAUGACACUUUUUUGUUUUUUUAAGAAUCAAUUUAAUAAAAUGAAUUUAAAAUGUAA